AUGCGGUUGUCGUGGACUCUCCUUCUCUUCGCGGGUCUGACGUGCGCGUCGCCGCUCUCUUAUUCCAAAUAUUCCAUUCACGAGUCUCGACAAUAUCUACCUCAUGGAUGGCGUCGUGAUGCCAGAUUAUCAGGCGAUCUUCAAAUCCCCGUAAAGAUUGGUCUCGCACAGGCAAAUCUCCAUCGCGGGGAGGAUUUCCUAAUCCAAGUCUCGCAUCCAGACAGUCCGAAUUAUGGGAAACACUGGACCCCCGACGAAGUACGAGAGAAAUUCUCGCCUUCGGAGGAAAGCUAUACUAUUAUUGCAGCAUGGCUAAAAGCGUCAAAGAUACCAUACAAGCUGGACGCCCGCGGAUGGGUGACCUUCGACGCGCCUGUCUCGAUCGUUGAGCGUUUGUUUAGAACUGAGUACUAUUUCUACGAGCAUACGAGUGGGCAGAUGCACAUCGGCUGUGAUGCUUACAGCCUGCCUGAAGGGAUCGGUAGCCAUGUGGAUAUUGUUAUGCCUACUCUGCACUGGGAUAUCCAAACUGAAGACGCCUCGUCUGAGAAGCAGCGAAGGCUUAGAAGGCUUGCCAAAAGAUCGGCUUUCAAGCGAACAACUGGUGCUAUCAUUGAUGGCAUGGGCACCGGAUUCCGUACUGGCGGGGCUAGAAGGCUCACACAGUCGGAUUCUAGCUAUUGGCAUAAAUUCAGUAAUCCCAAGUAUGCAGGCCUACAAACCUGCGAUCAGUUCAUCACCCCAGAUUGUCUGAGAGAAAUGUACAGCUUUGGUGUAAACCACAACCCCAUGAAGAAUAACAGCAUCGCUAUUGUUUCCUUUUCACCACAGACAUAUCUCCAACAAGACAUGGAUAAUUUCUUUGGUAACUUUUCGCCCGCUCAAGUUGGCCAGAGUCCAACGUUGAAGUCUAUUAACGGAGGAUAUGUCUUACCCUUCACCGGCGACUGGUGGAAUGCUGUCGAAACAAACAUGGACUUGCAGUAUGCUAUGUCCAUCGUUUAUCCGCAGAACGUUACGCUCUUCCAGGUGGGAGACGGUCUCCAGACGGGCAAAGACGAGUACAACAACUUCUUAAACGCGAUCGAUGGGUCUUAUUGCACUUACGAUGGAGGCAACGACCUAAAUAAAGAUGCGGUAUACCCAAAUCCAGCACAAGGAGGUUACAAAGGCCAAAGGAUGUGCGGUACCUACGAUCCAACCCUCGUUCUAUCAGUUAGCUACGGAGGCAACGAGGCGGAUUAUACCGCUAGAUAUGCCACACGCCAAUGUAACGAGUUCCUAAAACUUGGUCUCAUGGGGGUGUCUGUUCUCUUUGCUUCUGGAGACUUUGGCGUUGCAGGAUAUGGGUCAACUUGCAGGGAUCCUGUGACUGGGGCAUAUAAUGACGGUAAAUCAGGCAGAUUUACGCCAGACUACCCGGCCACUUGUCCAUACCUCACUUCUGUGGGAGGGACUUACAUUCCUCGUGGAAAAACUGUGUGGGAUGCUGAACUCGCAUGGAAUACUUACCUCCCAUGGAGUGGAAUUAAUGCCUCGUCUGGCGGCGGAUUUUCAGAAAUCUUUCCGGUCCCGGCCUAUCAACAAGCUGCAGUUUCUUCCUACUUAGCAUCUAAUACCUUCCCAUACAACGCCUCGCAGUGGAAUCAAACAUUCAGUGGACGAGGAUUCCCCGAUGUUGCGGCUAAUGCCUGGAAUUAUACUGUCGGAAUCGAGAACGUUUUAGACCUUAUUGGUGGCACCUCUGCCUCGACUCCGACAUUUGCAUCCAUUGUGGCAUUGGUAAAUCAGGAUCGAAUUUAUCGGAAGAAAAGCCCGGUAGGAUUCUUGAAUCCCGCCCUCUACGCACAUCCGGAGAUUUUAAACGACAUCAAGGUGGGGAAUAAUCCGGGUUGUGGGACAAAUGGGUUUAAGGCGACGACAGGAUGGGAUCCAGUCACUGGGCUUGGGACACCGCACUUCCAAAAAAUGAGGAGUUUUUUCGGAAACCUUCCUUGA